AUGUUUAAUCUAAUUAGAUCAAUUNCUGAUGAGAUUUUACAAUAAGUGAAUGAAUACAAGAUUUAGAAUUUAUUAAAUAUAAAAUUUCCUAAUAGCUCUUUAUUACUACCUGAUAGAGUAUAUGUUAUAUAAGAAUCCAUAAACUAUUUUACUACUUUUGCUGGGAUGGAAAUUGCAUAUACAACUUUAGAUGAGUAUAUAGCUAAGGUUGAUAUUUAAUAUGAUGAAUUUAUUAGUAUAUAUCAUUAAAUCUUAUAAUAAAUAUUGGAAAUGCAUUCUUUAAGAAUAGCUCAUAGAGAUAUUAAAUUAUCAAAUAUUAUGUAUACUUGUUAAAAGGGUUGGUUAAUUAGUGAUUUUGGAUGUGCAUAAUUUUAUGAAAAUUAAAAAGGAAAAUAUUCAAUAUAAGGUACUAGAUAGUACUUGCCACCUGAUUUAAGAAAUUUAUUAAAAUACAAUUUUUAAUAAAUAGAGUGUGAACAGAAUCUUUUUGAUAACGAUAUAUAUUCUUUUUUAUUGUCAAUGUUAAAGGUAUACAAAAAAGGAUCAUCAAUUGUACAGUUAUAAUAGAUGCUGGAUAAUGAUUGCCUUUUAUAAUAAAUGCCUAAUGAAUUUAAAAUACAUGGCAAGAGUUACAAUUAUAUUAAAUUAAACGUACUACGUGGAAUGAAUAAAGUUCCAAUAUAAAAAUAAUUUGAAUAAGAAAAAGAUAAACUAGUCAAUCAAAUAUUUGAAGAAAAGAAUUAGAGUUCAGAGUAUAUUAUUGAAUUAGUUAUCAAAAAACUAAAAUUAUACCAUUUUUCUUCUACCGAUAUUUGGCAUUCUUAUCUUUUGAGUCCUGAUGAUGAACGUAAUAAUGAAUUCAAUUUGAAUAUAUAGACGAAUUAAGAAGUUAAUCAAAUUUUAUAGAAAUAUCGUGAUUUACUAUCGAAUGAUUUUAAAUAAGUAGAAGAUAACUCCUUACUAGAGAUUAUGGAAACUUGA